AUGCGACUGAUCUUCAUCAUCAUCAUCAUUAUUCUUCAUGUUGAACUUUGCAAAUGCAAAAACAAUACUGAAGAAACGAUUGACUAUUAUAAUAAACUUCUAAUUGGUGAUACAAGUAAAUUAUCUGAAUUGAAUAUGUUCUUGACCGCAAUGCCGAAAGGUGGUGACUUACAUCAUCAUUAUUCCGGUUCGAUUUAUGUUGAAACUUAUCUAAAUUGGAUUUCGAAACAUAAUUUUUGUGUUUAUUAUGAAAAUAAUCAAAAAUUGAACAUCGAGAAAUAUCGGCUUGAAACGAAACUUGAGGGUUUAUCGGAAGAAGCCAAAAAAAAUCUGUCUCACUGCUGA